CCACCCCGCCUCUGCCUGCUCGCUGAUUGGUCAGUCGCGGUCAGCUGACAAAGGAGCAGCGGAAGAGGAGCCGAGAGCAGCAGAGAGGAGGAUCCGCCGGCCGUCAGAAUGCAGAGCACCACCAACUACCUGUGGCUGAUCUCCGACCUCCUGGGUCAAGGCGCCACGGCCAACGUCUACCGAGGACGACACAAGAAAACGGGCGACCUGUAUGCUGUCAAGGUGUUCAACAACCUGAGCUUCCUGCGGCCGCUCGACGUCCAGAUGAGAGAGUUUGAGGUUCUGAAGAAGCUGAACCACAAGAACAUCGUGAAGCUGUUCGCCGUGGAGGAAGAGACCAACACCCGGCACAAGGUCCUGGUGAUGGAGUACUGCCCCUGCGGCAGCCUCUACACCGUCCUGGAGGAGUCCACCAACGCCUACGGCCUCCCUGAGGACGAGUUCCUCAUUGUCCUCCACGACGUCGUGGCAGGCAUGAACCACCUGAGGGAGUACGGCAUUGUUCACCGCGACAUCAAGCCGGGAAACAUCAUGAGGGUGAUCGGAGAGGACGGGCGCUCCGUUUACAAGCUGACGGACUUCGGUGCCGCCCGCGAGCUGGAAGACGACGAGCAGUUCCAGUCUCUGUACGGCACCGAAGAGUACCUGCACCCGGACAUGUACGAGCGCGCCGUCCUGCGGAAGGACCACCAGAAGAAGUACGGCGCCACGGUGGACCUGUGGAGCAUCGGCGUGACGUUCUACCACGCCGCUACCGGCAGCCUCCCGUUCCGACCGUUCGAAGGACCACGCAGGAACAAGGAAGUGAUGUAUAAGAUCAUCACAGAGAAACCGUCAGGAACCAUUUCUGGCCACCAGAAGAGCGAGAAUGGGAAGAUCGAGUGGAGCACCGAGAUGCCGGUGUCCUGCAGCCUGUCCAAGGGCCUCCAGAGCCUGCUGACCCCGGUUCUGGCCAACAUCCUGGAGGCGGAUCAGGAGAAGUGUUGGGGUUUCGACCAGUUCUUUGCUGAGACCAACGAUAUCCUGCACCGUGCCGUGGUCUACGUCUUCAGCCUGCAGCAGGCCACGCUGCACCACAUCUACAUCCAUGAGUACAACACGGCGGCUCUAUUCCAGGACCUGCUGUGCCGCAGGACCAGCAUCCCACUGCACAACCAGGAGCUUCUGUACGAGGGCCGGCGCCUCGUCCUGGACCCCAACCGCCAGGCCAAGACGUUCCCCAAGACCUCCAGGGACAACCCGAUCAUGGUGGUGAGCCGCGAGGUCGUCGCCACCGUCGGCCUCAUCUUCGAAGACCCGAGUCCGCCAAAGGUCCAGCCGCGCUACGACCUAGACCUGGACGCCAGCUACGCUAAGACUUUUGCUGGAGAUGUGGGCCAUUUGUGGAAAACCUCAGAGUCUCUGCUGGUUUAUCAGGAGCUAGUGAGGAAAGGAGUUAGAGGAUUGAUAGAGCUGAUGAAGGAAGACUACAAUGAAAUCCUGCACAAGAAGUCUGAGGUUUUCCGCCUGUGCAGCAUCUGCACGCAGCAGCUGGAGAAGGCAGAGCACCUGUUGGAGGUUCUGAUGCAGGCCAACAUGCUGACCUCGGAGUACGAAGACAUCGCUGACAUGCACAAGAAGGCCCUCAGGAUCUCGAGUUCUCUGGAUCCCAUCGAGAGAACAACGCAGGACGUCAAGAGCAAGUUCCUGCCUGGAGGGGUUCUGACCGACAGCUGGACCCAGCAGGUCGGGACGCACCCCGAGGACAGGAAUGUGGAGAAAAUCAAGGUCCUGCUGGACGCCAUCACUGCCAUCUACCAGCAAUUCAAGAAGGACAAAGCAGAACGACGUCUUCCAUACAAUGAGGAGCAGAUCCACAAGUUUGAUAAGCAGAAGUUGGUGAUCCAUGCUGGCAAAGCUCGCUCUCUGUUCACCGACGAGUGUGCCAUGAAGUACCGACUCUUCAUAUCCAAGAGCGAGGAGUGGAUGAGGAAGGUCCACCAUGUUCGGAAGCAGUUGCUCGGUUUGUCCGGUCAGCUGAUCGGCGUGGAGAAGGAGGUGACCGUGCUGCUGGACCGGGCCGUCAAGCUGCAGGAACAGUUUCCCCAGAAGGUUCUGGUUCCGAACGUGAUGAAGGCCCAGCCGUACCUCAGCCCCAACACGCUGGUGGAGAUGACGCUGGGGAUGAAGAAGCUGAAGGAGGAGAUGGAGGGAGUCGUCAAGGAGCUGGCGGAGAACAACCACUUCCUGGAGAGGUUUGGGACUCUGACCCUGGACGGAGGGCUGAGAGGCUGAUCCGGUCCGCGGCGCCGUGUACAUACGCUCUGUAAAUACUGUCGGACUCUGACGGGUACCCCGACCCGACCUGCUGGGGAACCAUACAUCAGAACUGCUCUGUUGGACGCAGAACCCACCAUCACGUUUAUGACUCCAUUUCUCCAAAACACAGAGCCGGGCCAGAACUUCCAGCAGAACCUCCCGUUGCACACCAAGGGCCGGAUCUUUAGCUGAAUGCUUGUUCAAAAAUGAGACGGAACAACGUUUGAGUCGUGGUGUUUUCCUUUAAAUACUGUCAGACACAUCACAUCAGUAUAAUCUGCAUCGCAGCAUUAUGCUGCCAUAACCUGAUGGGAUUAUUAGCUGAUCCUGCAGCUCAGAGUUGGCAUUACUGGAGGAUAUUACUCAUCUAGUUUUUAUUGUUUCUAUUUUAUUUUUAAAGUUCUAAAUAAUAUGUUGACAGUGUUUCAUUGUCACAGUAACAGCAGACCCCAAACGUGCUAAAUACAGACACAGAAACAGCAGCAGUCUGGUUCAGGUUUAAUAAAGCUCCAGCUGAUAAGUGAUAUGUUUGCAUAUCCUCCUCCUUUCUGAUGAUGAUCAGCAUAUGUUCUGUAUAUUUAUGAAGGCAAAAACCUGAAAUUAAACAGCAAAAAUUUGGGUAUUUAGCCUGACAAGACAAAAAUAAACAUUUUGAUCAUUA